AUGGGCGACGUGAAGGGGCCCGAGGGGUCGAAGAAGAGCAUGUGGCAGCAGAUGGAUGAGAUUCGAGAGGACCGAGAAUCCCGAAAGCGCCGGAUGUCGAAACGGCGCGAGUCGAUCGAGCUCUGCAAUUUGGGCCCGGGCGCUCGCGUGAUGUUCCUUCUAAAGGAAUCCGACGAGCCGCCAUCCCUAUUCACCGAGAUGGCCGAGCUGCAGAAAGACGGGUGGCGAGAAUCCGCCAGAUGGGUCAAGUUCGAGGAGGUCGUCGAACAGGGUGGAAACCGUUGGUCAAAGCCGCACGUCGCCACGCUGUCCCUGCACGCAUUGUUCCAGCUACGAUCGUGCCUGAUCAAUGGAUCCAUGAUCUUCGACAUGCCACAGAUAGACUUGCCGUCCAUUGUUGAUGCACUGCUCGAUAACUGGAUGGACGCCGGAGACGUCGAUCCAUCAGAUAGAGAUGAGCUUAUCGAGAUACUCAAUCGCCCCCAUGUCCAUCAGUACGAACAGGCCAAACGCAACGGGUCGGCCGGUGAACAGGGCGGCUUCCUGAAUGCAGUGAGGAGCAUUUCGGACAUCGGAAAAUCCUUCUCCCACGGCAAAAACCUAGGAAAACUCGGCAGCGGCGAGGGCCACGGCACGAAUUUGGAGUUGCCCAAGGUCGAUUCAGCGCCGCAUGACAUUUCGAAGAAUGGCUCAUCGUCAGAUGUCUCUUCUAAGGGAAACGUCCAUUUUAUGAAGAAGUUGCCGCCGGGUGUUGAGGCCGGAAAUGUGCUUAUUGGAGAGUGCGAAUUCCUGCAACGACACAUUGCCGCCUUCAUCCGCCUGAAGACAGCCACUGUUUUGGGGGAUAUCAGUGAGGUAAAUGUUCCAACCCGCUUCAUCUUCAUCCUGUUGGGCCCCACCGGCCACGAGGCCCAGUAUCACGAGAUAGGUAGAGCCAUCGCUACAUUGAUGAGUGAUGAGGUCUUCCACGAUGUCGCCUACAAAGCCCGAAACCGUGACGACAUCAUUGAUGGUGUUGAUGAAUUUUUGGACCAGGCCACAGUCCUGCCACCCGGUGAAUGGGACCCGAAAAUUCGUAUCGACCCACCGACCAAGAUCCCAUCGCAGGAGCAAAGGAAACACGUCGGCCAAGAGCUGCUCUUCGACAACUCCGCCCUACAACAAAUGACAAAGGGGAAAGAAGACGAGGAGGAAGAUGGCCAUGGAAAUGAUCCAGCGUUAAAGCGUACGGGAAAACCAUUCGGAGGCCUUAUUGCUGAUAUCAAGCGCAAGCUGCCCCAUUACUGGUCUGACUACACCGACAGUAUGAAUCUCCAAUGUUUUGCCACGAUUUGCUUUAUGUACUUUGCUCUGCUUGCCCCCAUCGUCACAUUUGGAGGAUUGUUAGAAGAGGCAACACAUCAGCGGAUGGCCGCUAUGGAAAACAUCUUUGGAGGUGCCAUCUGCGGCGUUGUCUACCAUCUCUUCUCCGGGCAACCCCUGACCAUCAUCGGCUCGACGGGCCCGGUACUUGUGUUCGAAACCAUCGUCUUCGACAUGAGCACGAAAUUGGGAAUCCAAUACCUCUCGUUCCGCUUCUGGAUCCACGUGUGGAUUGCCUUCCUCUUGUUCGUGAUGGUGGUCACCGACGCUUCAUCACUCGUCUCCUACAUCACCCGUUUCACCGAGGAAUCCUUCGCCACCCUCAUCGCCGUCAUCUUCAUCUACGAGGCCAUCAUGAAGCUGUGGAAGAUCAAGGGACAACUGGAUAAUAUCAAUUACUCGAGGGAUGUCAUGGAGGGCGUUUGUAAUUGCGUUGGCACCAAUGCGCACUAUGAGAAGGCCGUCGAAAGGAUUCAAAAGGAACAUCUUGCAGUUGCUUACAAUUCCACGCACAUCGACUACUCCACGGCGACGCUGCAAAACUGUCGCGACGUCUUCGGGACGUUCGAGGGGCCGCAGUGCUACCCGCUCUACGAUAAGCUCCUAAUGUCGAUUCUCCUCGCCCUCGGUACCUUCUUCAUCGCCAUUAAACUGAAGCGCUGCAAGAACGCCUGCUACUUCCCAUCCUACGUGCGCCAGGUGGCAUCGGAUUUUGCCGUCAUCUUCGCCAUCGUCAUCAUGACGGCCGUGGACAUGUUCGUUGGAAUCAACACGCCUAAGCUCAAUGUCCCUCACACUUUUAAGCCGACCUGGGAUGGCCGUGGCUGGCUGGUGACACCGUUCGAUGGAAAUCCGUGGUGGACUGCUCCGUUUGCCCUGCUUCCGGCUCUGCUCGCUUGUAUUCUCAUCUUCAUGGACCAGCAAAUCACCGCCGUUAUCGUCAACCGAAAGGAGAACAAGCUGAAGAAGGGCUGCGGCUACCAUCUCGACCUAUUGGUGCUCGCCGGCUUGAUCUUGCUGGUGGGAUGGCUCGGUCUUCCAGUGUACGUCGCCGCCACCGUGCUGUCGAUAAACCACAUCAACUCGCUCAGGGUAGAAUCGCAGAGCAAGGCUCCUGGAGAGGUGUCACAAUUUAUCGGUGUUAGAGAACAGCGCGUAACUGGCGUGGUGACAUUCUUGAUCAUCGGCCUUUCCGUGUUUGUGACAAAGUGGCUGGGCCAUAUCCCGAUGCCUGUCCUCUACGGCGUCUUCCUCUACAUGGGUAUCGCCGCGUUGGGCGGCAUCCAGCUGUGGGAUCGCAUUCUGCUGCUCAUCAUGCCGAUGAAAUACCAACCAGACACAAUCUACAUCCGGCAUGUGCCCAUCAAAAAGAUCCAUUUGUUCACCUUCUUCCAGAUCCUCUGUCUCGCCCUCCUCUGGACCGUCAAAUCCAUCAAGUCCACUUCGAUCUUGUUCCCGGUUAUGUUGGUGAUCAUGGUCGGAGUGCGAAAGGCGAUGGAGAGACUGUUCACCGCCAACGAUUUGAAGUAUUUGGACGAUCCGAUGCCCGAUUUCCAUCUGCGCAAACGGGAGGACUUGAAGCGGAGACAGAGCGAGGGUGAAGCCGUCGACAUUGAAACCAACGACGAGCACCAGACGACCAUCCGCGCCGUCAAGACCGAGGCCCAUUUGCACAUCCCGACUGCCUCCGGAAAUGUGAUCAAAAUACCUCUGGCCGCCAUCCAAGAGCCCAGCCAUCAGAUCAACAUCAGCAAGGAGGUGAACUCUUCGGGCAUGUGGAAGCACAUCUCCUCCCGCGACUCCAAGUCGUCACUCCAAAAGGAUGUGCCAAAAGACGGAAAAGUUAAGGAGACGCCAUCAAAUGUGGCGACACCUGAGGAGGAUGAGGAUGCCAUUAUGAUAAAGGUAAUCCGCCCGUCGCCGCACUCCUCUAAUAUGAAUCUGGAGAAGACGGAGACCGAACCCCUUCUAAAGGAAAAGGAAGAAAAGGACGAGCCGAAAGCUUGUUUCGAAUGUGCAGUUUGCGGUGCCUCGGCGAAGGGAUUCCACUUCGGAGCUUUUACCUGUGAGGGCUGCAAGUCAUUUUUCGGACGCACUUCACUGCGAAAAGAACGUCCAUUAAUGUGCCGAGCCGGUGGCAGCUGUGAUGUUCAGGGCGAAAAUCGAACGGCUUGCAAGGCGUGUCGAUACGAGAAAUGCCUACGGGCAGGAAUGUCGCCGAUGAAUUCUCGUUUCGGGCGUCGUUCAAAGUACUUCAAGGUCUCCGCAGCGUUGUCCGUCUCCAGAUUCUCCUCUCAACGUGAUGAUCCACCUCUUACUCCCUCUUCUUGUCCCUCCACAUCCGAUGCCCCAUCUACCGUACUCUCCCCACCAUCAGCCCUUCUCCCUCAUCAAUCUCUCUCCUCUAUAUUCCCUCCAGCUCCUGUCUAUCAAAUGCUCGUCUACCGUAACCUUUUGCAACAUAUUUUUGCGUUGCCAAAGCUACCG